AACACACUAUUUACUUACUUUAUGUGCCAGGGUUUCUUUGCCUGUUCAUUUUGUAGCUAAGCUUCAAGUUUGCUCCAAUUGCUCCAAUUGCUCGUGUGAUAUAUAUUGUACAACACGAUGCUAUACCCAUUGUUUCAAGCUAUUUCCAAAGUUGAUAUGUGCAGCAGAUGACACAAACAAGCGUACUGAAGGUUUAAGAAGGAAAUUUCGUUUCACACCGUAAAACAGAUUAGCCAGAUUGGUACCCAAUGUAGUUUUUGGAAUUUAAAAUUGGAAAUUAGAACAUCCCUUCUGACCAAAUUGGGUUAACUUAAUCACAAAACGAGAAAAGGAUGGAUUUGAAACGUGUGAAAGAAACACUGUCUUGGCUUUAUUAUCAGUACUUACUUAUCACAUGUAGUUAUGUCCUGGAGCCUUGGGAACAGACAAUUUUUAAUUCCUUUUUGUUCACCAUUGUAGCAAUGGUCCUGUACACAGCUUAUGUCUUCAUUCCAAUCCACAUUCGUCUGGCCCUAGAAUUCUUUUCAGGCCUUGGAGGGAGUUGGCCUGAAAGCACUAUCGCCAUCAUGACUUGACCCGUGUUCCACUUUAAUAUCGAGGCGAUGGGUUUAAAAUCUGCAAAUCUGGUAGACAACUUUGGGAAUAGGUUUUGAACUUAUUUCACACCUGCACUAUUAUUUAUCUUGCACCAAGUCUAGUACACCAUACUAGGUUAAGGUGGUGGUCUGAAGAUUAGUAGGAAUGUUAAUUCAAUAUAAAAUUAGCUACAGAAUAAUAGUUUGGGUACUGGGAAACAAAUAUUUACUGAUUAAAUAUAUUGUCAAAACCCUCUUUCAUGUUAAUGUUUUCCCUUUGCUUUUUUUUGUUGACCAUUUUAUUGCAAGACUAGGAUUGUUUUCUCGUUUUAAACUUGCUCGACUGGCUUCUUUGACUGUCUGAAAUUGUGAAAUAUAAGUUUGCAUUAACAUUCCAACUUAAAGCAAGUUCAGGCAUGUAUUAUAAAGUCAUUAGAAAAUGACUUCUGGAUACCUUGAUUUUAUUUUUAUAAACUCUUGUUACUUUGCUUCCUGCAAAUAAUGAGCAUGUGUUUGUAUGAAUGAGGAUUUUUUCCAUGUAAUUCAAAUAACUUCAUAUUACUGUGACUUUUUUUAAGACACUUUACAAAUUUAAAAUUUCAUUUUCAAGAUGUUUGUUUCAUAGACAUGAUACCAAACAAAGCCUGAAAUGUAUGUACAUGUUUAUUCCAUAUCUAUCUUAGGCACCCUUCUUGUGAAAGAAUAUGGGCAAUGCCAGUGAUGUUAAUAAACAAGUUACAGGAAACUGUAAAUGUAUACAUCACGGAUAAAGCACUAGGCAAGUUUCCCACCAAAACGAUGUGAAUGUAUUUAUAUCUGUUUAAAGUGUCACUGUUUGUAUGUUUAUAACUGUACACACACCAGAUCCAGUAGAUAAUUGUCACAAAAACAAAUUUGCCUGCUGUUCUGAGAAAUACGUUGCAGAUAAUGUUUUUCCUUACUGUAUUAUUCAGCAAAAUGGUUGUAAGUUUCAGAUUUCAAUAAAACUCAUUAAGG